GAAUUGGCACUGCCACAAUCACUGGAAUGCCUGGGUCAUCUCUCAGAAAUGCGAUCCAGAGGAGGAGCCAUAAGGAACGCAGCCAGCCUGCGCAUCGCGCGAAGCUCGGGCUACUUGAGAAGAAGAAGGACUAUAUCUUACGAGCUCGGGAUUACCAUCAAAAGCAGGAGGCAUUGAAGCUUUUACAGGAAAAGGCUGCCACAAGAAACAAAGAUGAAUUCUACUUUGCGAUGACGAGGCAAAGGACAGAAGGAGGUAUUCAUGUCUCCGAAAGACCUCAAGAAGAUAUUCCCGAGGAUAUGGCGAAAUUACUGAAGACUCAGGAUGUGAACUACAUACGGACCAUGAAGGCCCUGAAUCUCAAAAGAAUAGAAGCAGUUAAAGCCGACCUCACAACGAUGAUCAACCUUCUCUACUCUGGGUCAGCACACCUCGAUGACGAGCUAAACAAAGACACCACCGAGGAUCUGACCGAAGUGCAGAUCAAGACAUUGCGCGAUGCAGGGCUACUUCCGCCUGAAACUUCCGAUCCCAAUCAAAGCAGCGAUUCUGGCUUCAUCCCGUCUAGAAAGCACAUCAUUUUUGUGGAUUCUCCACAGCACGCGAAACUCUAUGAACCCCCGAUAGCUGUGAAACCUCAGACAUCGUCAGUACCGGAGGGUAUUGAAAUGAGCGAAGAGGAUUUUGGCUGGGUGAAAGAGGGGGGCCUCAAACGGAAGAAGAGACGGAAGAACAACACCGGGGAUUUGGGUAACGGCGAAGUGUCCGAAGAGCAACUAGAGUCUCAACGAAGAGAAGGGAAGUUAUAUCGAGAUAAACUGCUUCACGAACUCAAAGAACGACUGACCCGAGAGCGCGCACUUCGAUAUGCACUUCAAGAACUUCAUACUCAACGUCUAUUGAUGGGCAAAGGGGAGAGGCAGCUCGUCAGUGGAUCCGAGAAAGAAGACGAUGAGAUCGAUAAAAUUGGCUUAGGAAUUGAAGUCGAAGACCGUAACGAAUGGAAACCAAAAAUAUACAAGUGGAAGUUUGAGAGAAAAAAUUGAUGAAUCGAAGUUGCCGCUUUAUCCGUUAUUCUGCCAACCCUCGCGCAUUGAUAGUAUACCAUUGGUCAUAACGUUUUCUUGGGGCGGCAUUUGUCGACUCGUAUCAGCCUCUAUAGAUAGAACAGUGAAUAUACAUGUAGCGGAGCAAGUCCCGGAUCCGCGGUUAUGUAUGGAAUAAGCACUUCCGUGUCCUUCUCUCCCUUCACCUGUUUAAGGAUUACCUCCACGAAGUUUGCGAAGA